CGCUGCGUUCAGCCAGCCCCUCGAAAGGCUCCAGAGAGCUGCAGACAUGCGACGUGUCCACGGACAGGAUAUCGGCGUUGCACAAUACUGUGAUGGGUCAAUACCGCUUCAGAUACGACCAGGAUACGAAGCCACCAGCGAAUAAGCAAUCUCCCAUCAGGCAGCUCUCCAUGGCACGGACCACAUACGCUGAAGACCUCGCUGAGAAACCGGCGGAGCGUCUAGAUCAGACCAUGCCACCGUCGCGACGUCACUAUACUAUUUACGUUUACCUUUACGAUGACCGAAGCAGAACCGCGCAAAGAGUGUGUCAAAGUAGCCGACGAGGGGUUCACCGUCCUUUGUGACUGCCCAGAACCUAAGGCAGACAUCGUUCUCAUCCACGGACUCCAAGGUCAUCCAAAGCGAACAUGGCUAUACGAGAAGCCGAGUAAAAUCCCAUUUGGCAGCAAAAAGGAGACUUGCUACUGGCCUGAAGAGCUCUUGCCCAAAGACUCCCCGAACUGUCGCAUUCUCACAUACGGAUACGACUCCCAGGUCAGCCAUUUCUUCUCGGGAGCCGCAAAUCAGACGAAUAUACUAGGGCAUGCGAGGAACUUCGUUGAGGAGUUUGAGGAACAGAGACGGACUGCAACUGGACGGCCACUUGUCUUUGUGGCGCACAGCCUUGGAGGCCUUCUUGUCAAAGCCAUUUUGAGACAAGCCUCGAACACCAAACCAACAUCCACAGCAAUGCGUACAAUUCAGGACAUAUACCUGUCUAUUAUUGGUACGAUUUUCCUGGGUACACCGCACCGUGGAAGCGACUACACAGACCUGGGUAAGACUGUGGCCCUUGCCGUCAGGGCGUUGCAGUUUGAUCGAAGUACUAGUUUGCUUCGUGACUUGAAAGUCGACGCCAGUAUCUUGGAUAUCCUAAAUUCAGACUUCCUCAGGCUCCAUAAAGAGCGGGAUUUCGCGGUCGUUACUUUUGAAGAAGGGCAAGGCCUAGGCAUUCCAUUUCUUGCUCGAGAGAAAGUCGUCCGCUCGUGGUCCGCACAUUUGGGCCUGCCAGAUGAUGUCGAGGAAACGUACGUAAUCAAUGCCGAUCAUCGAAAAAUGUGCCGUUUCGAGGGGCCCAGUUGCCCGGGGUAUGGAAAGGUGAAGAGGGCAAUUGGACGGUGCGUUCAGCGCGCUAGGACUUACAUAGUUGAAGCUGAAUUUCAACGUGCACUGGAUGCACUACACACAGCAGAAACGAGUCGGCGAUAUCGGCAAGUGGAAGCGGCAUACGAAGAUACAUACGACUGGAUUUUCACAGAUCAAAACCUGGGGUUCGCACGCUGGUUGCAGUCUACAGAUCCUCUGUAUUGGAUUAGAGGAAAGCCCGCUUCGGGAAAAUCUACUCUUAUGAAGCUGAUUGUAGACGAUCAACGAACGGUUGAAGCCUUCGACGCCCUCGCAAAAGGAACUUCAGUCGCUGCGAUCACUUUAACGAGGAUAACGUGCAGGCCUACCUACUUCUUCCAUGAGCGCGGAUCACGCCUUCAACACACCAUGGGUGGAAUGCUGCGAGAGAUCCUCCAUUCGCUGUUGGAUGGCAUUCCUGAGCUGAAACCCUUCUUCCGUGAUAUAUACCGGAGCGCCCGCGCAUCACGGCCGCUCAAAUCUCCCGACGUGGACUUUGAGUGGGAUGAAGAUGUUACCAUGGGAUUACUCCGAAACAUACUGGAGCAAAAUCGCGUUGAUGCGGCCGUUCUGAUCUUCAUCGAUGCCAUAGAUGAGUACUCAGGAACGCCUGGAAACUAUGGGCCAGUCAUACGUUUCCUCCAAAUGAUCCAACGUCGUUCAGCGAACAGCACAUUCUUCGUAAAAAUCUGCUUUUCCGGCAGGCCUGAGCAAAUAUAUCUGGAUCAUUUCUCGGACGUCCCCGGCUUUUACAUCCAAGACUAUACUAGAGCGGAUAUCCUGAAUGUCAUCAGCUCCGAGGUUCAAGCACACCCGAGGAUGGCACGAACAAUUCAACAUGGCAGCGAGGCGGACCAGAUAGCCGUUUCAAAUUUGAGGGAUAGUCUUGCAAGACUAGCCAACGGGGUGUUCCUUUGGGUCAGGUUAGUUCUAGAGGACCUCCUGAACGAAUAUACCGAUGGGGCAAGUCUUCAGGAGCUCAACGACCAUCUGAACCAAGUGCCACCAGACUUAGAGCGGUAUUAUGACUACAUACUCGCUAAGAUGUCCGCUAAGAACAUCAAACCGGAGUAUGCUAAAGAGCGGGAGACGAUGCUUGAAAUUCUACGAGCCGCUGAUGGAUCGCUCUCGCUCGUGCAGUUCUUUGCUGCUUUGCGAUUGGCGCCUAUACGGGACCUUCGGAGCUACCAUCUGGCGUUGCCCGGCAAUCUUGACGAAGCGUCACGUCUUUUGAAGAGUAGAUGUGGAUCAUUGCUCGAAUUACAGUCGAAUGAAUCGACCGAUAAAGUGACGAUUGCUCUAUGCCCUCCGGAUCUUCGAAUGGCCGAGUACAGCGUUCAAUUUCUACACCAGUCCGUGAAGACAUGGUCCACGAAUCGGUCACCCCAUCGAUCUACGGCCGAGAACGGUCACACGCAUAUCCUUAAGUCUAUUGCCUACGCAGCAAUGGUUGAGGCCCCUGAAUUCGACAAACAAACUUCCCACGAAUUUGUUCGACGUAUCUCGCUGGUCGAGGAAACUACACAUCGCAGCAGCUUUUGGAUACUAUGCCAGGCCCCAGCAUUCUAUCCCAACGGAUGGCGGUUCAGAGAAUAUUCUGGGCGCACGACGUCCCCGAGUAUCUCAAAGCUAGCAGCACUCGCUGGCGCCGUACUUCUCCUAGAAGAGUCACUUCAACAUGAAAAGCUAGAGGAUCGUAUGGACUUCUGUCUAUACUGUCACUGGUUCCAGAUGCUAAAAGAAGAAUUGGAGUACAACCCGCAAAUAGCCUCCAUAUUACUGAAGGGGCUCCCACCUAACGACGUGUGCAGGGUGUGGCAAUCUCUGUUAGCGGUAGGCAACCUUAAUUUGACAACCGGCUUUGAAUCACGCGCUAUCGCUAUUGCUGUCAAUAUCCUGUGGAUCGCACAUUGCGAGGGCAUCAACCCCGAUACUUCUUUCGAACUGUCUUACGAAUCUGGCCCAACGACAUUUCUCCACGAAAUCGCGAGGGAAGAACAUCGCUCUUACUUCGCUAUCCCUAUAGUGGAGACCGUUCUUUGCUGGGGUGGUGAGGUUAAUGUUGUCGACGGGCGUUCUCGCACUAUUCUCGACGUUGCUCUGGAGUCAUUGCACAACCUUUUGAACGCCCAGUCGUGUAGGAUUUUCGAUGCGGAUCACCUGGAUAUUUAUAUCAAAAGGCAUCACAAUCUGUGUGUAUUCCUGCUGGACCACGGGGCAAAAGCAUCUGGGCAGCCUAUCAACGGACCCACAGAAGAAGAUGUUCAACUCUUCAAUGGCUAUUCGCAGCAGAGCGGUUUAUGGUUUGACGUGCGUCUGCUUAAUCCACCUCUCCUCCCGCAGAAACAAGAGGGAUGGCUUCAACGAUUGCUUCCAAAAUUUGGCAACUUCGUACUGUGGCACCGCCAUGAGAAUGACUCUUCGAAACAGACGGAUCAACAAUCUACAAGUGGGACACACCCGACACGAGACGGCAGCAAUAGUACUCCACAAGCACGUCUUUCCGAUUCCGAUCUCAACGAUACGACUGAGAGUGUGGCCGAUUCCGACGUCGAUGAUACGGCUGAGAGUACGGCUUCUUCGGCUAGUCAGGACACCUGGACCUCUACUCGCGAUUUCGGCGCAGAGCCGAUUAUCGAAGAGCCGCGCGAGCAGUGCAGCGGUUCCAGUCUCGCUGGGAGCGUUGAUUGA